UUCACAGCAGUAAUCAAGUGGUGUUUGCACAGAGCUGUUGCCACCAGCCCGAAGUGAACAGUGUUAUUGAGCAAGUUGUCAGCUCAAAAGGCUGGUUUAGCUUUUCUCAACUAUCUUUGUGCAGCAAAAGACGUUUGGUUCCCUCCUGUGACAUUACUUUAGAUAGCUGAAAGCUGAAGGAACUUCUUGAUUUGGACCCGAUAAGAGAACAAAUUCAGUUGGAACUAGUAAUGCAGAUUUUCCGUCUGCGGAUCCCGGUAUGUACCAGUUGGACAUUACUUUAAGAAGAGGACAGAAUUUAGCAGCACGGGAUCGUGGAGGAACCAGUGAUCCAUACGUCAAGUUCAAAAUUGGAGGAAAAGAAGUAUUUAGAAGUAAAACAAUACACAAGAACCUCAACCCUGUGUGGGAAGAAAAAACUUCUGUUCUUAUAGAUCAUCCAAGAGACCCUUUAUAUAUAAAGGUCUUUGAUUAUGACUUUGGACUUCAAGAUGACUUUAUUGGUUCAGCAUUUUUGGAUCUCGCUUCAUUAGAAUUAAACAGGCAAACAGAUGUUAUCUUGAGUCUGAAGGAUCCUCACUACCCUGACCAUGAUCUGGGAAGCAUAUUGUUAUCAGUUCUGUUGGCUCCUAGAGAAGAACAGCGUGAAGCAACUAUGCUAAUGAGGAAGAGUUGGAAAAGAUCAAGUAAGUUUCAGACCCAGAGCUUGCGUCUCUCUGAUCUGCACAGAAAAUCGCAGCUAUGGAGAGGUAUAGUUAGUGUUACUUUAAUAGAAGGCCGAGAACUCAAGGCGAUGGAUGCCAACGGGCUGAGCGAUCCCUACGUGAAGUUCCGGCUGGGGCAUCAGAAGUACAAGAGCAAGAUUGUGCCAAAAACUUUGAAUCCUCAGUGGAGGGAGCAGUUUGACUUUCAUCUCUAUGAAGAACGAGGUGGAAUUAUUGAUAUUACCGUGUGGGACAAAGAUGCUGGCAAAAGGGAUGAUUUUAUUGGCAGGUGCCAGGUUGACCUGUCGGCCCUAAGUAAAGAACAAACUCACAAGCUGGAGCUGCCACUGGAGGAGGGAGAGGGAUGCCUGGUACUGCUGGUCACUCUGACAGCCUCAGCUGCAGUCAGUAUCUCUGACCUCUCUAUCAACUCCUUGGAGGACCAGAAAGAGCGAGAGGAAAUACUAAAGAGAUAUAGUCCAAUGAGAAUGUUCCAUAACCUGAAGGAUGUGGGAUUUCUGCAGGUGAAGGUCAUCAGAGCAGAAGCAUUGAUGGCAGCUGAUGUCACAGGUAAAAGUGAUCCAUUCUGUGUAGUUGAAUUGAACAAUGACAGACUGCUGACACAUACUGUCUACAAGAACCUCAAUCCUGAAUGGAACAAAAUCUUCACAUUCAAUAUUAAAGACAUCCACUCAGUUCUGGAAGUGACAGUUUAUGAUGAAGACCGCGAUCGGAGUGCUGACUUCCUCGGCAAAGUUGCUAUACCGCUGCUGUCUAUUCAAAAUGGUGAACAGAAAGCCUACGUCUUGAAAAACAAGCAGCUGACAGGGCCAACAAAGGGGGUCAUCUAUCUUGAAAUAGAUGUGAUUUUUAAUGCUGUGAAAGCCAGCAUACGAACCUUAAUGCCCAAAGAACAGAAGUACAUUGAAGAGGAAAACAGACUGUCUAAACAGUUGCUGUUAAGAAACUUUAUCCGCAUGAAGCGUUGUGUCAUGGUGCUCAUAAAUGCUGCCUAUUAUGUUAACAGUUGCUUUGACUGGGAUUCACCCCCAAGAAGUCUUGCUGCUUUUUUGCUUUUCCUUUUUGUGGUUUGGAACUUUGAGCUCUACAUGAUACCACUGGCUUUCUUGUUGCUGUUGGCAUGGAACUACUUCUUGAUCGUAUCAGGGAAAGAUAACCGGCAACACGAUACAGUAGUGGAGGACAUGCUAGAGGACGAGGAAGAAGAGGAUGACAGAGAUGACAAGGACAGUGAGAAAAAAGGAUUUAUGAAUAAACUUUAUGCCAUCCAGGAGGUGUGUGUCAGUGUCCAGAAUGUCCUUGAUGAGGUGGCUUCCUUUGGAGAAAGGAUAAAGAAUACAUUCAACUGGACUGUCCCAUUCUUAAGCUGGCUGGCAAUUGUUGCCCUCUCUGUGUUCACAGUCAUCCUGUAUUUCAUUCCACUGAGAUACAUUGUCCUUGUCUGGGGCAUCAACAAAUUUACAAAGAAGCUUCGAAGUCCGUAUGCAAUCGAUAACAAUGAGCUGCUUGAUUUUCUGUCCAGAGUUCCAUCAGAUGUACAAGUGGUGCAAUAUCAUGAACUGAAACAAGAUCCCAGUCACAGCCCAAGUAAGAGGAAGAAAAACAAUCCUGGCUAGACAACUUCAUGUACUGAAGAGACUAGCAUCUGCUAGGGGAAGAUAAAAGCAAAAGCCUACAGCCUAAGCAGCAUUUCCUUUCCUUAAGCUUUUUAUUUAUUUUGCCUUUUUAUGUAACGGAGAGAAUUUGUAAAUAUUGUAUAAAGGCAUUUCUCAUUGAAUAUAUACUUAGACUGUAAAGACAUAUUUGAUGAAGGUUUCAAGUAGGGCUUUGCUGUUUGAAAGCCUAGUUGGAAAUGACAUAGCACAUUAAAGGAAUCAAUGUAAAAUGGUAAAUAUGUACUGCUACUUGAUGGUCAAAGAUACCUGAAAUAUUCAAAUCAUGCCGAUUAAAUCUGCAAAAGAUGUAUAUUUAAAUCUGACUCACAGAUCAGUCAGGUUUUGUCUGUGAACAUUAGUAUUUUUAUCCAAUAAGUCACCAUUACAAUUUUCUAUGUUUUAUACAUUUCAACAGAAGAACAAUGUAGUGGAACCUACUGCACUUAAGUUUUAGCAAAUUUUUUGAACUCUAGACCCUGAUAUUAACUCCUGGUGCAAUGUAUUCCUGUGCAGUAGGGCUGCUUGUAAGCUAAUGAGGACACCAAGUGCAAAUCUCUUACUGGAGCUCCCCAAAGAAGUUCCUGGUGUUUUAAUCAUUCCAUUAUAAGACUUAAAAAUCUCUCUCUCUCUCAAAAUACUGCCAGGUUUGUAAUUGAUUGCCUAUCUGAUUUUUUUUUUUUUAUAUGUACCAGUAAUCUUAAUUUGUACUACAUAGUCUAGUGAAUGAAGUCCAUAGUUCUGCUAUAACGGAAGUACUAUCAAACAAACUCCAUAUUGCUUUGGGUGUCAGGCUAUGAACACCUUUUGUGCACAUAACUAUUUUAAUACAGAAAUCUUGCAGAAAAUAUUUUUGCUUUCAAAUCACAAGAUCAUAUUAACCUGCUUACGAUAUAACACUUGACCUGUUACCAAUGUGAAAUGUAGCGUAGAGGAAAAAAUGCAGUUGUGGUAAAACUGAUAUACCAGUUUUAUUUCCUUAGCUAAUAAUGUAAUCAAUUCUUCUGAUACAAUUGUGCCCUACUGCAUGGAAACUGCAUUAUUUUAUAGGUUAAACACAAAACAAAUGUUUACAUUUCAAAUGUUUUAAUGGCCACUGCAUAGUGACUACUUAGGGAUAUAUUCCGAUGUUUCUGCAUGUAGAGUUUCACCCCCAACUGCCCACGUAGUGAGCAGAGAAUUCAUUCCUAAGGGACUAACUGUGCACAGCUCUUAGUCAUAGCUCCCAGUGGCAUCAAAGGGAAUUUUUGCCCAAUUUUGCCCAACUGCAGGACUAUACCCUCUUGCGAAAAAUUUCUCCUGUUGUUCUCUGUGGGGUACCUUUCAUUUGUUGCAAUUGCUGAGAAAGUUAUAUUGCACUAGUCUAACAAUACUUUUUGAAAAGAUUAUUUAGAAAUACUUUGCAGGCAAAUGGAUACAUACUUGACUAAAGAAUUACUUGUUGGCUGCAUUGCUCAUGAAAGACCGUUCUGAAAUUGUUUAUUUUACAGAUACAUUGAUAACUAGUUUCUUAUAGCAUGGUUAUUUUGAUCUUUUUGUUUGUACACUUGAAAGAAUGCCGAUCCAAUUAACGUUCUGUAGAAAGUCUCGGACCUAAAUAUGCUUUUUUGUUAGAUCAUGAUUUUAAAGGUAUUUGCAAAGGUUACAUACCCACCUUUUCACUGUAUGUUGCCUGAAGAGCAACAUACAACUGAUGAAGUCAGAAUCACAGAUGAGCCUUUUUUUGUUUAAAAAAUCUUUCAGUUUGACAAUGUGUGAAUAUUUGUUCCCAGUUGUCAAUUUUGCACAGUUCUUCUGAUAUACUGCAAGCCUUGUACCUUCUCAGUAUUAUCCAUCGUUCCGUGUAUAAUUUCCUGUUGUGUUUUUUCUUUUUUCUGUACUAAGUUUCAAAUGUUUAAUUUGGUGGUAAUGUCUUGAUUUAUAUACAUUUACUGCAUUAAACACAGUUUUAAGCAUCUCCAUAUAUUAGAUAUUAGGCAGCUUUUUUCUUUGAAGUCCUGCACUAUCGUUUUCCCACAAGUGGUAUAGAGGGCAAGUGAAUGAAAACAUUGUAUUUCUGUGUGCAGGAUUUCAGUAUUUUAAUCCCCAAACAUGUACGUGGGAGGGGGUAAGGGGAGAAGAAGAUCAGGUUGUUGAAAAUGGUUAAACUACUUUAAUGCCUCAGUCAUUCAGAGUAGAUCUCACUGGUAAUGUAAUGCACAAAAGCAGCAUUGACUAAGAAUGCACUUUGAUUAAAUAUGGUCCUCCUGCACCACAAAGCAAGUCAUUUUUAAAAUCACAUAUUUAACAAUUUGUCUGUGAACCCAUUUUCGAAAUCCAAAGUUUGUCUAUUCUGCUUUGUGUGAGGGGCCUCUUUGGAGAGCAGUCCUGCGUAAUACUGUAGAUAUUUCAAUGUAUCUUCCAUUUCCCGAUUAGUUCUUAAUUUCUAAGCCUUUUAGAUUUGUCCGACAUAUUCCUAGGCAACUUGUCCAUUCAUCAACAAUCAGGAAAAAAACACAACUCAUUAUCAAGAAACUCUUUUUGCUUCAGGAAAAGAAAGUUAAACAACUACAUUUUGAUCCAGUAAAAAUGACUAACUUAAUUUGGGUCCACACUUCAAGUAAGCGUUAAAGCACGCAGGAUCUGCCGGAGGUUGGUUGUUUGAGGGGCCUGGUGUUCCAGUUACAUUGCCGUUAGUAGGAGUGCAAAGUUGCUUAGGUUGUUUAUACAGAGUUUUCACUUUGUCGUAAGGAACAGAUAAAUGUUUUUCACAGUAGCAGUAAGCUUUAACUGAAAGGGUUACUAGGCUCGAGUUAGCAUUUUAAAUCCAGUGGAAUACAAAAGUAAGUAUUUUCUGUUGCAAUUAAAUUGUUGGUGGGAUAAUCAGAAAUUAAUUAUGAAGCCUGCAUAUUAAAGCAGGGUAUCUGUUAAUGUGGGCACUAAGAGCAUAGGCUUUAACGACAAGAAGAAGAGCUCUUAGACCUGCUAAGCCAACAUACUACAUGGCAGUAGAGUAUUUUGUUCUAAGAUACUCCAACAGCACAAAGCAAGGAGAGAAAGGAAAAAUUAUUUCUCUAAUAAACCAGCAUUAAAUCCCACAACAGGCAGACAAGGUGCGAACGGCAGGAGAUGCCCACCUCGCAGCGGAAGGACACUUCCUACCUAAACCUCCCUUACUUACUCAGCUGCGGGAGUCUUUGCUGACAGGCAGACACAAACUUCCUCCAAUUUCUGAGCUUGCUUCUCUUUGGAAGACAAACUUUUUCCUCCCAACUGGGCUAAUUUCCAGAUUGCUGUGCAGCUGCUUCUAUUGAAGGCAGGCUAGCAACUCCUCUCCCCACCCCUCACCAAAAAACUGCAGUUGCUCAUUUCCAGUAAAUAUCUCCUCCUCCAGAAUUUUUCUGAAGUCUUGCAAAGGUGGAAAAACAAAGCUUUCAGAGUGAAAGAGAUUUGCAAUUAUAGGUCUUUUUCAGUGUGAAAUACUGGCUUUACAUUACCUUCUGCCUAAUCAAAAUGUCUUCUCAUUCCUGAGAGGAGAAAUCCAGUUCUCCCAAAUCACAUGGCUCUUUUUAGACAUAAACCUAGAAAAAUAUGAAGGUUUUCCAAAAACACACCACACUGUUCUGGACUCUUUCACUUGCAGAAGUGGGUGAAAUGCAACCGACUGAAAGCAUCAUGCAGUUGGUGAGUGGGUUACUGAGGGUGAGGAACAGCCUGAAGCAAGUGCAGGGAGGCCCAGAGGGAUGUUGAGGAGCGCUAACCUCGAGGAUGUGCUCUCCCUCUGCACUUGGUGGAGAAAGAGGAGAUCUUACAAGAGUCCUUCAUAUCAGGAAACUGAUUUAGCUGUCCUAAACCAUCUCUAUUUCUCCAUGUUUCUCCACAUUGAAAACAUGGAGAGCUUGGCCACAUGCGCUACAUCCGUUUCCCUAAAAGCAGCCUGUCAAAAAAACCCAAACCAAAACGAAUCAAAGAAAAAAUCCCCAAAACAUGUGGCAUAGCUGUUGCCAACCAUUGAAGAUAUGAACAGGUAUAGGUCAGGUCAGGAGGUUAGAUACUUUUUGCUGCAAGAGGUAUUAGAAGUUUUCUAUUUCUUUCUUGUCACAUUAAUCCAUCAAGAGAAGGUAUGUUUCUAAAAUUAUGAUUGUUAGAUCAAUAAAGUAAUGACUUUGAAAAAAACAUGUUCCAUAAACUAUCAUUGCGCAAAAAAUAAAUCUUUAACUGCAUUGCACAGGGCAUUGUGCUUCUAAGUAGUUUCAUUUUGCUCUAUAAGAAUUUAAUGCUCAAAGAAUGUAAUAUUUUAGGUGUAUUUUGAACUGGACAAAUGGCACUUCAAUGUAUCUUGAGUGCCCAAUUUAAAAUUAUGACAUUUAAAUA